AUGUCGCAACAUAACAAUACAGUUGGACUUAAAACACAAGAAUCGAAUGAUCUUAUUGAUCGCUAUAUUACUGGAAAUUCUCUUCGUGUAAUUCCUGAGCAGAUUGAUUUAGUGCAAUAUUCAAAAUCAUUACCGAGUUAUCUACCACGAAUGCUUAGUUCUCACAAUAGAGCACAGUUCUUUCAAGCGAUCAUUCAACUAGUGGCUCAAUCAGAAAAUCACGAAUGA